AGCGGAUUGGGACAAAGCCGCUAAGUUUCAUUCCUGCUAGCCGGUUUAGUGUGUAUGCUAGUGCAAUACAGCAGUUGUCAUGUCUCGGUCGAACUCCACCGCUUGGAAAGCACACACGAACCCGUCAAAGACGUCUUCAUUAAAAGGCAAAGGGCUGAAAGACAUCAGGGUCAAUGAAGAAGUUAAGAUUGCGGUGAACAUUGCGCUGGAGAGGUUCCAGUACAGCGACCAGAGAGAGAUGGAGUUUCCUUCUUCGCUGACCAGCACAGAGAGAGCAUUCGUACAUCGCCUCGCACAAUCUCUGGGUUACGUUUCAAAAAGCAGAGGUAAAAGAAUACACCGUGUUCUCACGAUAUGGAAGAAGGACUCUCCAGAGUCAGCUCAGUCCAUUAUGACCUUUAAGCUUACCCACAAUUCCAAGCUUGUGGUUCAGAACCUGCUGCAGAGGUUCCCAAUUACCAGUAAAGAGCGUACUGAUCUGCUCCAACGCACCGAGAGAGGGCUCGUGGCUUCUCCCGAAGCUGCUGGUAAUGGAAAAGACAAGAACAGGAUAAGCGGGCCCCUAAAUAACAAAAUCCCACAGGUCCCUCAGAAGAGAGGCCCCUCUGAGCUGGAAUCCUUUCGGAGAUCGCUGCCCGUCUACGAGCGGCAGGAGGAGAUUGUGACCACCAUCAAGGAGAACCAGGUGGUGCUGAUUGUGGGUGAAACGGGCUCAGGAAAAACCACCCAGAUUCCUCAAUUCCUGUUGGACGACUGCAGCCAAAAAGGAAAUCCCUGUCGCAUCUACUGUACGCAGCCCAGAAGGUUGGCUGCUAUUGCUGUGGCGGAGCGAGUGGCAGCAGAGAGAGGAGAGAGCGUCGGUCAGACCAUCGGAUAUCAGAUCCGGUUGGAGAGCAGAGUUUCUCCUAAGACCUUACUAACGUUCUGCACAAGUGGCGUGUUGCUCAGAACACUGAUGGCCGGAGACACUGUCCUCUCCUCUGUCACACACGUCAUUGUGGACGAAGUCCACGAGCGAGACGGCUUGACGGAUUUCCUCCUGACCAAGAUGCGGGACGUGCUCCAGAAGAUGCCUUCUCUGAAGCUCAUUCUCUCCAGCGCUGCCCUGGAUGUGGACCUUUUCAUCAGAUACUUUGGCCUUUGCCCGAUUAUUUACAUUAAGGGACGGCCGUAUGACGUAAAAAGCGUUUUUCUGGAGGACAUUUUGCGAACCACUGGCUACACAAACAAGGAGAUGGCCAAAUAUAAGUCAGAAAUCCAAAAAGAAGCAAAGCAGCAGACGUCUCUUACAGAGUGGUGUGAGGUAAAAGGAGGCGCGUCACCGCCAGAGUCUCAGAAAAUCCAGCAUUCUGACACCGUCCUGCCGGACACUGACCUGCUGGACAACGGAGGGGACAGUGUCUUCUGUCAGAUGAGUGAGAAAGACGUGACCUCGCUGGAGCCGUGGCUGGUGAAGGAAAUGGACAGUUGCAUCUCAACCAUCUUUCUGCAGCAGGAUGCUGGUGCCUUUGCGCAGCUUUUUAACCUGAUCGUCAACGAGAACGUCAGCGUGGACUACAGGCACUUCGAAACGAGUGCCACACCUCUGAUGGUGGCUGCAGGGAGAGGCUUCAUCACCCAGAUGGAGCAGCUCUUAAGCAUGGGGGCCAACGUGCACCUUAAAGCUUCUAAUGGCUGGACUGCUCUUGACUGGGCUAAACAAUUCAACCAGACUGAAGCUGUAGAUCUGCUAGAGUCACACAUUUCGUCUCUGGAGGCAGGUCACUUGGACGAGUCCUCCUUGGUGCAGUCACACAGCGAGGAGCUCAGCGCUCAGGACCAGGAGCUUCUCAAAGCGUACCACCACAGCUUCGAUGAUGAGAAGGUGGACCUGGAUCUCAUCAUGCACCUGCUCUUCAACAUUUGUCAGAGCUCUGAUGAAGGUGCAGUCUUGAUAUUUUUGCCAGGAUACGAUGAGAUCGUUGGACUGCGAGACCGCAUCCUUUUCGACGAUAAAAGAUUUGCAGAUCAUCAGCAGAGGUACCAGGUGUUCACACUACACUCCAACAUGCAGACUGCAGAUCAGAGGAAAGUUUUGAAACCAGCUCCAUGCGGGGUUCGCAAAAUUAUUCUCUCAACUAACAUUGCUGAAACAAGCAUCACCGUCAACGAUGUCGUCUUUGUUAUCGACUCUGGCAAGGUUAAAGAGAAAGCUUUCGAUUCCCUAAAUCAUGUGACCAUGCUGAAGAUGGUGUGGAUAUCUAAAGCAAGUGCAAUACAGCGUAAAGGAAGAGCUGGACGUUGCAGGCCAGGAAUCUGUUUCCAUCUGUUCAGUCGGCUGCGCUACAAUAACAUGCUGGAGUAUCAGGUCCCUCAGUUACUGCGUAUGCCUCUGCAGGAACUCUGUCUUCACACUAAACUUUUGGCCCCUUUUACCUGCUCCAUUGCUGAGUUCCUUGCCAAAGCCCCAGAGCCACCACACCUACUCACAGUCAAGAGCGCUGUGCAGAUGCUUAAGACCAUAGAUGCCAUGGACCCAUGGGAGGACCUGACCAAACUGGGCUACCACCUAGCAGACCUCCCUGUAGAGCCACACCUGGGGAAGAUGGUGCUAUGUGCAGUGGUGCUGAAGUGCCUGGACCCGAUCCUCACCAUCGCCUGCAUGCUGUCCUACAGGGAACCGUUCGUGCUACCAUCUCAGGCGUCACAAAAACGAGCCGCCAUGCUGUGCAGGAGAUGCUUUUCUGCAAACACCUUCAGUGAUCACAUGGCCUUGCUCCGUGCUUUUCAGGCAUGGCAGAAAGCACGCAGCGAUGGCUGGGAGAGGUCUUUCUGUGAGAAGAACUUUCUGUCACAGGCUACAAUGGAAAUUAUCAUCAGGAUGCGCACCCAGCUGCUUGGCCAACUCCGUGCCAUAGGAUUUGUUCGUGCUCGGGGUUGCAACGAUAUCAGGGAUGUAAAUCUAAACUCUGAAAACUGGGCAGUGGUGAAGGCAGCACUCGUAUCGGGCAUGUACCCUAACCUGAUCCUCAUAAACCGUGACAAGCAAACACUCCGAGGUGCCAAAGAGAAGAAGGUUCGCUUCCACCCUGCAUCCAUCCUGAGCCAACCCCAAUACAAGAAGAUCCCUCCAGCUAACUCCCAAGCAGUUGCAGUUCAGUCUCUGCCUACAGACUGGUUGAUCUAUGACGAGAUGACACGAGCACACAGGAUAGCCAGCGUGCGCUGCUGUACCGCGGUCACUCCGAUCACCGUCGCUGUGUUUGGAGGUUGUGCCAAACUGCCCAGCACAGCACUUCAGGAACCUUCUACGCCUCAUGUGUUAGACAAUGCUCUGGGUGAGGACAGUGAUAGUGAGAAUGAGACCCGCUCCACAGAUCAGCUGGCUCAGAUGAAGAUCGACGAGUGGCUUAACUUCAAACUGGAUCAGGAGAUGGCAUCUAUGGUGUUCCAGCUGAGGCAGCGUUGGCAUAGCCUGUUUUUAAGGAGAAUACAAUGCCCUUCGAAGCCAUGGUCCCAGCUGGAUGAGGCGACGAUCCGGGCCGUGGUGUCGGUGCUGAGUAGUGAAGAGCAAGCAGCUGGCCUGCAGCAGCCCACAGGUAUCGGCCAGAGACCCAAACCCAUAAGCUCAGAGGAGCCUCAGCAUCAGUUAAACAGCAGUAAGGGUAACAGACACAGGAGUGGCGUGGAGCAGAGCUAUGAGGCUCCCACACCAGAUAGAUCUCCAAAAGUGCCGACUGCCGUCUCUCAGGCUAAGAGCCAAAGAGAUAAAGGUGCUGCCUUUUCCAAACGUUCAGCUGAUGACCAUCUCCCAGUAAAGUCAGACAGCCCCAGCUUGUCCAGUCCUAGCGUCAGUCCCUCAUCCACUUCCUCAGCAAAAGAACCGGCUGCUCGUAUGUCACCUUUAACUGGGGUUUCCAAGUCACCAUCGCCAAGGUCCAGACCUUCAGUGCGUUACUUCAUCAUGAAGAGCAGCAACAUGAGGAACAUCGAGCUCUCCCAGCAGAGGAGCAUCUGGUCAACUACACCCAACAACGAGCACAAACUAAACCGAGCCUUCCAGGAGAGCAGCACUGUCUUCCUUAUCUUCUCCGUGCAAGGCUCCGGACACUUCCAGGGUUACGCUCGGAUGAGUUCAGAGAUCGGUUCAGAGCGCUGUAAGGACUGGGGUGCUACCGGACUGGGAGGAGUCUUCAGUGUGGAAUGGAUCCAUAAAGAGAGUCUCUCUUUUCAAUUCACUCACCAACUCCUCAAUCCCUGGAAUGAAAAUAAGAAAGUGCAGAUCAGCCGAGACGGACAGGAGCUGGAGCCUCAGGCUGCAGCACAGCUGUUACAACUCUGGAAUUCCUUCUCCAACAAACAGCAGCACGAGCCGUGAAGAAGGAUGUUGACAACACUAGUGUGACCUUUGACAUCUCGUACCUCAUCAGUAAGUGAAAUGACGCAGCACCGAGACCAGAAAAUGUCACCUCUCUUCCUGUCUUUUCAAAAUUAUAACUGAGGUGUUCAGAGUUUCCCAUUCAAACUCAAAAACCGUAGAUAUUCCACCAUGAAAUAAAUGUUAACAUUCAGUCCCAUUCCAAACUACUGUUUACAUCCAUCCCAUAAUUAACAGCGUCGACAUUUCCUCUAGCAAGGUUUAUUUUAAACUGCACUAUAUUUCUGCCUGUUCUAACGUUCCUCUGCUGUCAGAUUCGCACAGACAGAUAAAUUAACACUAUGUUCAUGUUGUUGAGUUUAUUUUAUUACAAUACAAGUUCUAUGUAAUCAUAAGAAAUUCUCUAUAGAGAUGAUCUUUUGUGAAAUAGUGAUUAUUAUGAUAGAAGAAUUUGCCUCCAGACUCUACAAAUGGCUUCUCUCGCUCUCUCCUCAUGAACUUUACUAGCUGUCUGAUUAAAUAAAAAUUGAGGGGGGAAAUAAUUCAGAGAACUUUGUCCAGUAAAUAAAUGAUUUCUUUGGGUUUUUUUUUUUUAAAAUACAUUUUCAGUAAUUUUGCCAUUGAUCUUAAGUGAGCUGUUCUUCGAUCAUUUCUUCUUCUCAUUUGUUGGCUCGGUUUAUCGUCCUGUUUUGCACUAAAAUGAAGCUGUAAUGUUCAGUACAUGGUUUUAUGUCAGAUUUGAAGUUGUGAUGUUAUCUAAUCUCUAAAAACAAUAAAGUUCUGUUUCACCUUUCA